AGUAGAGCCCGUCCGCGCCGGGUAGCGGUUUGCGUCCUCCUCUGAGCACCGAGUGGGGUUGGAGGCGGGGCCGGACCGCGGCGUGGGGCUGCCGUGCUCCGCGCUCCUGGGCGUUCCUCCGCACUGUGCGCCCACAGGAGGAAGUCACAGGAAAACAAUCUAACCUCAGGUAAGAAUCCGAGUCAAAAUUUGGUGAAACUGAAGAGAAAUUGGACGUUCCCGUUGGCUCCAUAAGUACCUAUGUUGGACUCUAGGGGGCAGAGUACGAGCAGGAUUGGUCAGGGAUGCAGGGCUGUUCAGACUGAAAUCAAAUACAGGCCGACCUCAGACAUAACUGCAGAUUCCGGUCCAGACCACCGCAGUGAAGUGAAUUAUCGCAAGAAGGAUUAUGGCAGGAAAAGUGAAAUGGGUCACUGAUAUCGAGAAGUCGGUGCUGAUAAAUAACUUUGAAAAGAGAGGAUGGGUCCAAGUGACAGAGAACGAGGACUGGAAUUUUUACUGUUCCUGACCAGGGAUGGAACCUGCACCCCUUGCAGUUGAAGCAUGGACUCUUAACCACUGGACCACCAGGGAAGUCCCCGGGGUUUUGGUUUUAGGGGGUCCCUGUCCUUCCUGACUUUGGGUGCAGAUAUUGAGUCAAUGAGUUUCCUGACUUCAGAGUGUGACUUUCAUUAGUUUGGUAUCAAAAUCAAUGUUAUCAUUAACUGAUAAACAUUUAUUGAGCAUCUACUCUGUGCCAGAGGGUACAACCAAUCAGGGCAGAGAGUCAAAACAGCCCCUGCCUCAGAUAGUUGAGGUACAGUCAGCGGACACACAGCCUGCCGCUGUGGGCCAGGCACCUCCUGGCUCGGUGCCGGCUUGGGGACGGGUAAGCUCUGAGGGAACCUGCUUCCUGGUCAGGAGUCCCCGGGCUUUAACGACACCCGCCUCCACGUGGACACAUUCUGAGCUUCCGUCCUGCACAUCCCUUAAGCUGUGCUUCUCUUUCAGGAUGAGUGUGCAAACCAUCCGCAAUGUUUUUAGUGUCGAAACUGGCUACCGGCUCUCAGAUGAUCAAAUAGUCAACCAUUUCCCGAACCACUAUGAACUGACGCGGAAGGAUCUGAUGGUGAAGAACAUCAAGAGAUACAGGAAAGAGCUGGAGAAGGAAGGGAGUCCUUUGGCAGAGAAGGACGAAAGUGGGAAAUACCUCUACCUGGACUUCGUCCCCAUCACCUACAUGCUGCCCGCCGACUACAACCUGUUCGUGGAGGAGUUCAGGAAAAGCCCCUCCAGCACCUGGAUCAUGAAACCUUGUGGCAAAGCCCAGGGAAAGGGCAUCUUUCUGAUCAACAAGCUCUCGCAAAUCAAAAAGUGGUCCCGGGACAGCAAAACAUCUUCGUUCAUGACUCAGUCUACCAAGGAAGCCUAUGUGAUCUCUCUGUACAUAAACAACCCGUUACUAAUCGGCGGCAGGAAGUUUGACCUGCGCUUGUAUGUUCUGGUGUCUACGUACCGCCCACUGCGCUGCUACAUGUAUAAACUUGGAUUUUGCCGCUUUUGCACAGUAAAAUACACCCCGAGUACCAGUGAGCUGGACAACAUGUUUGUUCAUCUCACCAACGUUGCCAUUCAGAAACACGGGGAGGAUUACAACCACAUCCACGGGGGCAAGUGGGCCGUGAACAACCUGCGGCUGUACCUGGAGAGCACCCGAGGCAGGGAGGUGACCGGCAAGCUGUUCGACGAGAUCCACUGGGUCAUCGUGCAGUCCCUGAAGGCCGUGGCGCCUGUGAUGAACAACGACAAACACUGCUUUGAGUGCUACGGCUAUGACAUCAUCAUCGACGACAAGCUGAAGCCCUGGCUGAUCGAGGUGAACGCGUCCCCAUCCCUCACCUCCAGCACUGCCAACGACCGAAUCCUUAAGUAUAACCUGAUUAAUGACACCCUCAACAUCGCCGUCCCUAACGGCGAAAUUCCAGACUGUAAAUGGAACAAGUCACCCCCAAAGGAAGUCCUUGGCAAUUACGAAAUUCUGUACGACGAGGAGCUGGCACAGGGCGACGGGGCUGACCGAGAGCUGAGAAGUCGGCCGGGCCAGUCGCUGGGGCCCAGAGGGGGCCGAUCGAGAGACUCCGGGAGGACCGUCCUCACAACCUGGAAGUGACCACCAGCGAGAGCAAGACUCCAGCCUGCACCCACCCUUGCUGAAGACCUAUUUUGGAAACUCCCUUUUUCUAGAGCUUUUUUCCUUUCCUAAACCCUGUAAAUAAAUAAAGGCAUUUCUUUGGAAGGUU